AUUAGCUUUUAGGAAUCUGAAGAAAUAUGUCUUGUCCUGUCGCCUCAACACCACUGAAAAAGCUUAAAGUCAGGCUAAAACGAUUGAAACCCCUGAAAAACCCAAAAGUCAAGCUAAGGGAUGUUGCACAAGACUCCCAAGGUUGGAUAGUUGAAGUGGACGGGUGUGGCACCUUUGUCUUCCCGGUAUCCUUCAACACAUUCUUAAAUAGCCUGGACGAAAAAAAAGUAUUGUUACACCUUCUGGAAGACAAGGAGUUCAGGCUAUGUGCCCUUGAAAAGUUAUACAACCGCUUCUAUAUGUUCCCAGAGAAGCGAUCUGGUUCAAACUUCUUUGCGGAUGAGCCAGGGACUUCUUUGGCGCAGUUACUUGCGUUUGGCAGGCCUCAAGAUGAAAUGGCGACCAAGACUGUGGAGCAACAUGCUGCGCAAAGUAACAAGAAUUACCAAGACAAUGCGAUGUCCAACAAUGUGACUUCCGAAAUGGCCGAACGGAGGAUGUCUACAUCACCGUACUACGAGAUCAACAAGGAGACUACCGGCGAACAGUUGUCGCAGACAACUAUGAGUUCGUCAGAAGUGGAUGUGGCCAAGACACCGACAUCUACAUCACCAUCCAUCACCUAUGAGGACUUGCUGUACUACGAUAACAACAAGUCGCCAGUACCGGAUCAGUUCAAUUCAGAUCUUUUUGAUGUCAGCAGCCAAAUAGAAAAAAAAGUAGCCGAAUAGACAAGGCCUAAAUCACCAUCGAAAAAAAGUGCCUGCUAUGAAGCUUAAUGUUUUAAUUAAAGUAUAUCUAACUUUUAAAGCUUUGAAGUUAAUAUAGUUAAUAAUAUCUAACUACUACAGGAAAAGCAUAGAUUAAAAAAUAUAGGUUUUGUAGAUAAGAACAUCUAACUAUCACUGUAACAAAUCUGUGCGCAUGAUGAGAUUGAUUUUGUUUUUAUUUUUAAGAUUGCUCAAUACUCAAACUUGCGGUAAAUUCAAAUAUGGCCACCGCUACAGCUGUUUUUGCACAGCUCAAUCGAUAGUAUCGAAUAAACAUCGAUUUUUGUUCCAGA